GCCGAGCUUCCAGCACGGUGCAUGUAGCAAAGCCAAAGCAGGAAAGGCCGAAUCUAAGGCUGCUCUGUAAUCACGUGAUCCUGCCACGCGUGGGCCCGUCCCUGUGUUAUGCCGGUUAAAUAUCGCUGAAAGAAAAUGUCUGGAAUAAAAAGAGCCAUUGAAGACAUGGACCCGGAUUAUGAAGACAUAUCAGUCAUUCAUCAGAACAAGCGGCAUAAGGCCAUUGAAACAUCAGCUCGAGAUGCUGCAAUCUUGAAGAUAGAAUCUAUUGUUAAGGAUCAGUUUGCAGUUGAACUGAAGAAUAAAGAGCAUGAGAUUGAAGUUAUUGAUCAGCGGUUGAAUGAGGCAAGACGUAUGAUGGAUAAACUCAGAGCAUACAUUGUGGCCAAUUAUUAUGCUUCUGCAGGGUUUGGAAAAGGCCAUGAGAGCACAUCUGCAUGUGAUCCUACAAUUCUAAAUCAUCCGUCUAUUAAAAAAUUCUUGGAAUCUCCUUCACGGGCCUCAUCUCCUGCAAACCACCGUUCAGAUACCCCUUCUGUCAGUAAUUCGGAAACUGACUCUAUUUGCACUCACAGUGAGUUGCUCGAUAAAGAUGGAGCUACGAAGACUGGGCACAAAGGGGCCUCUGCUGCAGAUGGAAGGCUGGAGAAGGAUCCAGAAAAUGACAACCAAACUGCUGGGUUUACAAGAUCAGAAGAAACAUCCAGGCGUUUUGUGAAGAAAACUCUAGUUGUUGGCAACGUCUCAAGGUACAUUCCUCCUGACAAACGAGAAGAGAAUGAUCAGUCUACACAUAAGUGGAUGGUCUAUGUACGUGGCUCUAGGAAGGAGCCAAGCAUUGAUCACUUUGUGAAAAAGGUUUGGUUCUUUCUGCACCCAAGCUACAAGCCCAAUGAUCUUGUAGAAGUCAGAGAGCCUCCUUUCCACUUGACACGCAGAGGAUGGGGUGAAUUUCCUGUAAGAGUGCAGAUCCACUUUAAGGACAGUCAGAACAAGCGGAUAGAUAUCAUACAUAACUUGAAGCUGGACAGAACUUACACUGGAUUGCAGACAAUAGGAGCAGAAACGGUUGUUGAAGUUGAGCUUCUCAGACAUUCCCUUGGAGAGGAUUAUUUAUCUUCACAAUCUUCCAAUGAAACUUCUCAGUCUGAUGGGAGCACUCCAGGACCUGUUAUAGUUAAAACAUUGUCCCCUCACAAAGGGAGCCAUGAAUUGUCUGAAAAGGGUUUUAGCCUGACUUCAGAGCCCACAUUGUACACUCAGACCUCAGCACUUGAGCGCACACCAACAAAAAUGACCCAGAGGUUUACUAUUGGAGCUCAUGGCAGCACUGCUUUCCAGCCUAUCACUGCCAGCUGCAAGAUUGUCCCUCAAGGACAGGCAACAAGCUUGGCUGAGUCCCCUGGGAAAUCUUUCCAGCCAAUCACAAUGAGCUGCAAAAUUGUGUCUGGUAGCCCUACAAGCAAGCAUUCCAGUAUUUCACAGGCUGGAACCCGUUCUCCACUGCCAAAGAUUCAUGGGAGCAGUUUUGUUAAUCAGAAUAUCAAGCAGGAAGAAACUCUCUUUGCUGCAAUGCCUCCACUUUGUCCAAUCGGAACUCACUCAAAAUCUCAGAGCCCCAAAACUGUGGCUGGAGGAGUUGGUGCUUUCACAAAGGUGAUAAUAAAACAAGAGCCUGUUGAAACAUCUCUGCAGCAGCAGCAGCAAGAAACUCCUUCAACAUCUCAACCAUCUCUCCAGCAAAUUGUGACUGUAAAGGGCAACCAGAUGAUUGCUGUGUCCCCACAAAAGAAUCUAAGCACUCCUGAGGGGUCUAAGGUUGUUGGAAUACCAGUUGGAUCUGCUGUACAAGCAUCAAUUAAACCAUCUGUGACUAUAAGUGGUGGGCAGAUCCUUGUUGCCAAAUCUAGCUCUUCAGCUGCCAAAGCCGUGGGAGCAAAACAGAUGGUAGCUCAAGGUGUGGCCAAAGCUGUUGUCAGCAGUGCUAGUGUUUUGCCACAGUCCUCACAAAACAUGACAAAAGCACAAGUUACUUCUGCUGUAACGACAAAAACCGGAACACAGGGGUCAGUAAUGGCAACUCUCCAGCUGCCAUCCACAAAUAUAGGUAACUUGGCAAACCUACCUCCAGGCACCAAACUAUACCUCACCACCAACAGCAAGAGCACUUCUGGUAAAGGGAAGCUGUUGCUUAUACCUCAAGGUGCAAUCCUGAGAGCUGCUAAUACUGCAAAUCUGCAGUCAGGGGCAUCCAGCAGCGGUGGCUCUGGCACAGCAGGAGCUUCUACAGGGCUACCCCAACAUCUCACCUACACAUCCUAUAUUCUGAAACAGACACCUCAGGGCACAUUUUUAGUUGGACAGCCAUCCCCACAGACAUCUGGAAAGCAAGCCAGCUCAAAUGUUGUUCAGGGCAGUGGCGGGUCAUCUGCACAGGGUCAGCAAACAAUAAAAAUAACUGCUGGACAGAAGAGCACUCUGAUUACACAGGGAAACAGUGGUUCAGCUGGAUUAGUAAAGAUAUCGGAAAAUGUUUUAAAGUCAUUGCCAGCAACAUCGCAAACACAGAAACCUGGUACCACACUGCUAAGGGUCGCUGGAGGGGUAAUAACUGCGGCCAGUACGUCAUUACCAUCCUCGACUGCAAGCGGAUCAAGUCAACAGGCUGGUGAAGGAUCCAGUACAUCUACACAAAACGUGUCAUCAAGCAAAAUACACGUCCAACAGACAGGCGCUGCUAGUAACAGCCAUAUAAAGACUCUGUUCAGUGGGAAAACUAGCACACUACCCACACAGGUGUUAUCCUCCAGAACAACAAUUAGUCCGGCUCCCAACAGUACUUCUCUUACAGUGAAAGCAGAACCUGACCAGAGCAACACAUCCGCCUUCCAUAUGGGAAGUACAGCAGUGAAGAUGGAGGAUAAUGUAGAUCAGGAAUCCAGCUCUGUGAAGACAGAACAUCUGCAGAACUUCAAGCAGCUGCUAACUGCAACCGUCAAGAAGAUUCCUCUAAUAGGUGAAAGAGAUGAGGAUGGCAGUAAUUCGUUCUGUGCGAGCUCACUGGAACAAUAUUACAGUUGGAAUAUUGGAAAAAGAAGAGCAUCUGAGUGGCAACGAGCUGUGGCCAUGAAGAAAAUGCUUCAAGAAAUCAUUGAAAAGCAGCCAAAAUUUAGCUCUAUUGCUCCUCUGAAAACCAAGGAAAUUGUACACUGGUGCCGCAUUCACGGUUACACGCCUCCUGAUCCUGAGAGCUCUAGUGAUGAUCAGGAAUCCAUUGAAGAUGUGUUGACUCGAAUUGACAAUGAGGCUUCUUUACCCUCUUCCUAUUCCUCUUCUGAGGCUCUCUGUCAAAAGAUAGAGGAGUUGGAGAAGGGUCUUAAAAAAGAGAGAGAAGUGGAUGAGGAUGUGGACAUCAUAAGCAUGGAAGAAGAACAGAAGCCUUGCAUCAAGAAGGAAAAUGAAAGUGAAGAUGAUGUGAAAUUUUACUUGACCCCAAAUUUAUCCUGCGAGUUCAUCAGAGACACAGCCCAGGAGAUUGGAAUCUCCUUACAACCAACUGAGAUUAAGAAAAAUGUGUAUGCAUCACCAGUGGAGGAAAUGGUCCUAAAGGUCACUGAGCAGUUUGUCAGCGAUAUUCUGCGAGAUUCUUUAGCUGUGGCAUAUCAGAUGACUUCUAGGAAACGAGCUCCGAGAGAAAUUACCGUCGCAGAUAUCCAUCAGGCUAUUUGCAACAUUCCGUUGUUUGACUUCCUCACGAACAGGCACAUGGGUGCAUUGACCAUGGACGAUGAACUCUCCUCGAAAUAAACCUAAUACAGCCAUAGCACUGCAGAGCAAAGCGUGUGGCUUUUCAAACCACAUCAGAGCCAUGUGAAUUGUCAGAGUCUUCACUUUUAUAAAAGUCUGACUAGCUAGAGAUUUAUUUCUCUUCUUUGACUUGUUCUUUGUUCUACUGCUCGCUGUCCUUGGUUUGUAAUUAAUGUCUGUAGCUCCAUGUAUCUA